GGAAAAACGCUUACAUGUCGCAUCUAGCACGUGAACAUAUCCAUGACCGCAAGUUGCCACAUUUUAAAUCACAACAGUGGCAGGCUCACCUGGAGUGCGGUAUCAGUCUCUUUGCUUUUGUAUAGCCUAAUACACCAAGACUAAGCGGAAAGUCAGGUGUCUGAGAUGGACAGGCUCAGUUCUGUGAAGGAAUUUAUAAAUGUUUGGGUGCGUGAUCCUCAGCUACACAAGGAAGAUUUUUGGCACACGUAUAUUGACUACGAGAUCUGUCUUUAUACCAAUAGCAUGUGUUUCCAGAGGAAGACCUCUGUUGUAAGAAGGAGGUACAGUGAGUUUGUGUGGCUGCGUCAGAGACUACAGGACAAUGCUUUGCUCAUAGAGCUGCCUAAACUUCCUCAUGGAAACCCUUUCUUCAAUUUUAGUAAUGAGUUCCAGGUGGGUCAACGGAUGAAGGGGCUACAGCAGUUUCUCCAGAAAGUUUUAGAGACGCCCUUACUGUUAUCAGACAGUCGACUGCAUCUGUUUUUGCAGUCACAGCUAAAAAUUGCAAAAAUAGAUGCAUGUGCGCAGGGCCAGACGCACUACACUGUAGCACAGGCAAUACAUCGAUGUCCCUGUGAUGUUCGUUUCCCCAUCGAAGAGCAGCAUCGUGAAGAAGACAGCAAAACCUUCUGGGACUCAGACUGUGACAGUACAACGUCCUCUGGUUUGGGUCAUAGUGUAGGACCUUCCACACCUGUUGACAAAGACUCCACUCAUGAUAGCCUUGACCAUGAAUUCCAAGCUGCAGUAUCCGAGGCAGAGUUCUUUAACAGCCUGUCUACAUCUCUGAUCAAUCCGCAUCAUGUUCUCCUGUGACAUGCAGAUGUGUAUAAUACUGACAAAGUGCCCCAGAUGCUGCUCGCAGUGUCCAAAGUUAUAUUUGGAUGCAUGAUAAUGUAAAAGAUUUCUUGUUUUGGCUAUUGUUUUAUAUCAUGUUUGUCGAGUUUUUCUUUUUUUAAAGAAAAUGUAUUUAUAUUUCUAUUGUGAAAGUGAGUUCAGGUGUGAAAGGGAUCAUUUACAUCAUGUAUUGUUCUACAUUGAUACUGGAAUGUGCCUGACAAAGAAGCCUUUUUAACACAGCUUCUGUAUUUUUUUUUUUGUACAUGCUUUUGUUUAACAGAUUUUAAAAGAGUAUUAGUAACAUGGCAUUGCAUCAAGACUUUAAGUGUUUCUUAAAAUUAUUUAGUAUUUUUAUAAGUUAGUACUGCUAGAAGAAUUGAAGUCUGUAAAUGUGUUAGGAUAAUAUUAUGUUUUUUUAAAAAGGACAUUUUUAUUGUAUAUGCAGUC